UGCAGGAUGGACCUUAUGCCAUUUUUUUCUCGGAUAAUAAGCCUUUAUUGUAAAGAUCAGAAUUAUAUAAAGUUCACUGCAGGUUCAAGUAAAGUGUCAAUAUCGUUUUAAAGAAUUAGCGGUGGAGGAAGUUCAACCAGAAGUGAACCCCAUGUCUCCUCUCAGGGAAAGUGGGUGCUAGCUGUUCAGCUUUAAGGUAGCAGUCUUUGAAGAAAACUGGUGAAGCUGGUCACGAAGAUGCCAAGUAAACUCCCUAACCCCGAGAAGAUGUCCAUUGGUGCAGAUGAAGGGGAUCCCGGGUACAGUGAUGACAGUUUGCGCUGCCCCCUCUGUGCUGAGAUUUUUCAGAUCCCGGUUACGCGGGAGUGUGGCCACAACCUCUGCUGGGGCACUAAUGAGGAUCCCGUCUGUCCACGGUGUAUGAAGAAGAGCCCAGAUAUGAAGUUCUCCGUUAAUCUACCGCUGGGUAAAGCGAAACGUCAAACCCAGGGUUCGAAGCUACUUGUGAACUCUAGGGCUUUGGUUUCGAGACACUCGGACACCGGUGUCCGGACCGGUCUGGACAAGAAGGGCAACCCUCUCACCGGGACUAACGACAUCACAGGGGCUGAAGAAACAUUGCUCGGUGACAACAGGCAGGAGGGUGGACGUGCUGAAGCUGAAGUGGACGUGGAUGUGUCCUGUUCUGAAAUGAUGUUGCCUAUGAUGCGCAGACUUGCUUCAGCUCUGCAUGCCAUGUGCUUCUGGAUUAUAAGGUUUUAUUAUAUUGCUGAAAACACAGUCCUCAGUAUUUUGGAGUCUUACAUCCCCUUUCUGUUUGAUACAAAUACAGAAGGAACAAUCCAGAAAGAGAAGGAGCAAGACACACAGGGUGACCCCUGUUCAGAAAUGAAUGACUCGGCUACAGCAGAUACGAUUAUGGAAGAUACAAAUCAGGAGGUGAAUGAGCAAGAUGGAGAAGCUGACAGUGCAGAAAUGAAUCUCUUUGCUACAGCAGACACAAAUAGAGAACAGAUGAUCCAGAAAGAGAAGGAACAAGACACAAAGGGUGACCCCUGUUCAAAAAUGAAUGACUCGGCUGGAGCAGAUACGAUUAUGGAAGAUACAAAUCAGGAGGUGAAUGAGCAAGAUGGAGAAGCUUACAGUGCAGAAAUGAAUCACUCUGCUACAGCAGCUAAUUCUGCCUCAAAUGACGGUUUUCUAGAGUUUCUGUGA